CCCGCUGUUGUUACAGCUAAAAAUGUCCCCCGAUGAGGCGCUGAUGGUAUCGGCAGCCCGAUGACGGAGCUCCGAUACCAGUGAUACACUGAAUGAGUGCCCAGAGUUUUGGCAGUGGCACUUUACUAGCUAUAACGUUAUCUAACAACAUAGAUAAACGGCGAGGACGGACCCUGCCGUGUAAACGCCAAAGAUUCCACUCGAAGUUUCAUUAGCCGGAGCGAUUAGCCGCCACAAGCUAGCACAUCGUCAAGCUAGCCUGUAGCUAAUGUUAGCCGGGUAGCUAAGCUGGCAAGUGUAUUUUUUAGUGGCCGCAUGUGCCGUCAUUAAGUAACAUUGUUGGGCGCUUGCAGUUGACAACUUUUUCCGGUAGGCGUUUGUGUAUCUUAUGGUCUCUUAGCGCUAGUUGCCUGUAUCAAAAUGUCCACCACUUCGUUGGAUAAAGAACUACAGGAGCGGCUGAGAGAGGCGUCUGCCAUCGGGGACAUCGACGAAGUGCGGACAUUGGUGGAGAGUGGAGUAAACGUUAAUUCCCAGAACGAAAUAAAUGGCUGGACAUGCCUGCACUGGGCAUGCAAGAGGAACCAUAAGCACAUCGUGUCCUACCUACUCAGUUAUGGAGCGGACCAAGAGAUCCUCACAGCUAAGGAUGAGUUGGCCUCGCAACUUACAUCCAAACCAGAGAUCAAGCGGCUUCUGGGAGUCGAAGUGGAGGAUGUGCCUGAAGUCAAGGAGCCUGAGUUGCCAAUCAUCCCCAACUACCUGUCCAACCCAGCCUUCAUGUACUCCAAGAUGGAUAAGUCCGAGAUCCUCCUGGCGCGGCACCUCGCACAGAACAGUUCUGGAGAAGACGCGGAAGACACGCCGAGCGAUUCCCCCUCCCUGUCCCCGUCUCACAAGCUUCCCAAACCCCAGAGCCGCUUCUCUGACGGCCUCUCGCCUCCCCCGGGCGCCCCCACCCACAGCCAGGCCCAUGGGGACUUCAUCCCUGUGACUGAGCAGAACGGCACGUCGCACAGCCCGGCCUCGUCGCACCAAAACGCAGCCGCAAACUGCGCGGUGCCCAUGGACCUCGCCGGCAACCGCGGCGACUACGCGCCCGCAGGGGCCCACAACGGGACCGUGUGCUCGCCUCCGUUGGCCUCGCCCAGCCCCAGCGUGGCCAGCAGCAGCGGGAGUCAGGUCCAGGCCCCGGGGGCCAGCGCUAACCCAACUAUGAGCCGGCAGCAGUCUCUCCCCCAGCAGCUGAACUACGGCCAGGCCGGCGGGCCUGUGGCGGCCUUCCAGCCUUUCUUCUUCACCAGCACCUUCCCUGUCAACGUGCAAGAGCUGGUGCUGAAGGUGCGCAUCCAGAACCCCAACGCGCGGGAGAACGACUUCAUCGAAGUGGAGCUGGACCGCCAGGAGCUCACCUAUCGCUCCCUUCUGAGGGUGUGUUGCCGGGAGUUGGACAUCAGCACAGAGCACGUGGAGAAGAUCCGCAAGCUGCCCAACACCAUGUUGAGAAAGGACAAGGACGUCGCUCGGCUGCAGGACUUUCAGGAGCUCGAGGUCGUGUUGGAGAAAUCCGAGGGCUUGUCCCUUUUCUCCGGCACCGGGGGCCUAACGGACAGACCCUGCUACAACAUGAAGGCCUCCCGCCUCACCUACUAGAGCUGCCGCAGAGCCCCAGGUGCCCCCACUUGUGAUGGGCCUCUGUAGCUGCCCUCCCAGCCCUGGAUCGGCUUAGUCCUGCUCUGGUGUUUUCGCCAAUUUCCUUACUGGGAUUUUUUAUUUUUUUCUUCCCCAAGUUCUGUAGCUAUUGCCCUCCUCGGGCGCCUCCUGCUGCUUUAGUGUACCCGGCCGGUUGUAGGCGAUUACUGAUGCAUGGUGUCCUUGAUUAUGUGCAAAAGUAUUUGGGCCCCCCUUUGCUCCUCUCUUGUAUUUCUUCCUCUCCUCCCCACUGCACUUUUGUGCCAAGGCUCCAGUGGGACAACAGAGGGAGGCACCGGCUUGUCUUCCCUUACGCACCAGACUUGAAUGGGAUUCUGUGAGAGCCUUUUUUGGUCACAUGUACGGACUGUGGUUACAAAGUGGAAAGACCUGGAUCACAACAGGAACUCGACACAUCGACUGGAGCUUUUAGCAGAGUGUUCUUAGAGGUUCUAGCCGGCAUCCACUCUUUCAUACAUGCUGUAGGCAUAAACCUCAGUGUCUUUCCUGCGGAGGGAAUAGUGUACGGUGGAGGUAGCCUCUCACCAGGUGAGGUGACGGUAUCUUUGGACAUAUAGUGCUCCUCUACACGUGCUCUGCUUUAAUCUCCAUCCACAUUUGAGUCUUGGAUCCCCCCUGAUAAUUAAAUUGUUCAGUCAGACACUCUGUAAAACGGAUAAUCAGUUUUGUUUUGAACUUUUGUGUCUUUUUAUCUUGGACAGAAACGUAUAUAUCGUCGGGAUAAAAGUGCAUUUCUUUAUUUUUUGCUUCCAUUUCUGUUUGCAGGCUUAAUUCAGCUCAAAACUUAAGCUGUCAACUUUACUUUAAAUGUUUGCCUACUAACGAAGCGAGACCGCUCAAAGGCGGUGUAUCGCACGCGUUGUUUUCAGUUGCUGCCGUUCUGUUAAACUGUGAUUAGACUCAAAACCAAAAACUAAUCUAGCCAGCAAAGAUACAAACCGCUUCAGAGGCCAAUGCGCAGCGUUAGAUUUAGAUAGCGGAGAGCGUAAGGCCGUGUGGCGCUUUCUUCUUCAUCCAGCACUAUUCUAAACUCUAAAGGCUGAUCAUUUCUAACCGUUAUUUUCUAACCGUGUGUAACCUAUAUUUAAAAUUCGGCCGUGACUAAAUAGCCAUACAUGGCCUCCUUUUGGUUAUCAAGGCCAGUCUAGUAUUCAAAAAGUUUUUUUUCUUUUAUUUAAGCCAUUUGUUCUUUUCAGUUGCUUAAUCAGUUAUAAGCUUAAUACGUUUUGUUGUCUGACUUCACCGGAGACCUGACCAGAGGAGCACACUGAAAAGCCUUGUUGCACUGUACUGAAAGGCAGGGGUCAUGCUGCUUUCAGCAACACUUUAUUCCUUCUUACAUUCUCAAUGCUGGGACUUUAUUUUAAGCAGUGCAGUAGGCGGCCCCCUUUCACUUCACAUCUACAAUCAAAAAGGCCCCCCACCUACUGAGGCUCUUACUACAUAUCUAUGUUUUAUGAUCAUUCUUUUUAACCGGUUAGGCCUGUUUUUGUUUGUGUCAAAAAGUCUUAACUUAGUGCAAGAAGGAGUUCAACGGGAUCAAAGUCCCUGUGGUUGAAGCAAAGUGCAAUGUGUGGUUGGUGGGAGGAGGGGGGUGGGGGUUCAAGAAAGUUUGCUGUGUGAAGAAAGGACGACCAAGAGUGCUUAUUUUCUGUCCCAACAAUGCUAAAUGCUUGAUUACGGGAAGUUGUGCCCCUUGUUAAGGCAAGAGUUUGGCGCUGUCUGGGCGGAGCAUCGCCCGGGUCCCAUGGCGUCCUGGGGAAGGGGGGGAGGGGGGGGGGGCGCCAUGUUCCAAAUAGGUUUCUAUAGGAUCUCUUUUGAUUUUGUGGAAAGGAGGUAACUAACAUUGUAUUUGUUGAGUUGCUAAUUGUUCUAGAAAAAUGCAGAAUACAGUUUGACUUAACCUAUGCAUUCAGAGUCUGAUAUUUUUAUAUACAGUGCGUCCUGUGCACUUGUAGAAAUGAUCUUCACUGUUUUAAGUUGUGUUGGAUAUUUAUGGAGAUAUGUUCUUUGAUAAAGCAUGGUGAACUACUUCCCUCUUUGUCCCUGCUCUUCUAAAGUGUGUGUGU